UUGCCCUAUGAAGUACUUUUUGAUACCAACAAAGAAGAAAACCCAAACAUUCUCUGUAGCCAAUAUCGACGUGGUUUAUCUAGAGAAGCUGCAUAUACCAUACAAUAAUGUUUCUUACCAGUUAAUGUUUAGGGUAAGCCGUUGCUUUUUAAAUGUUAGGCUGCUUUAAUUUUUAAAAAUAGUUUUCACGUUUUGAAAGAGGGUGAAUCACAGGCAUGCUUGGCUAACUAGCUACAUGAAGCUAACCCAAAGCUGGUACUGAGAACCAUGUUGCCUGAAUUACUGCAAUCCACUGAUGCUGGCGGGCUUCUUAUAAUACGAGAUUUUGCAAGUUUUUCUGGUCGACACCUUCUGAAAAGCUUCAUCAAUGCAUCACUGAACAGAAAUGAAGCUGUGCAUGUCCUGGGAUUUGAGAUCAGCAAAGAAGAGCUAAAACACGGGUUAAAAGAGCCAAACAAUCAGAGGCUACACAUUCAUGAUGCCUUUUCGGAUCCUCUUGGCUGGACAGAUCACCCAGCUUUCACAGUCCAGCAGUUCAGUUUUGAAGAACUUACACAUCUGAUCACGCAAACAUCACAGCACAAACCAGUUAACUUGGUGAUCGACUCUCUUUCGUGGAUUUUGAGACAUGUCAGUCCGACUGUAGUUUGCAAAACUCUUCAGCAACUCAAAAAAGGGGGAGCUGUGAGAAGUAUUAUUGGUUUGCUCCAUGCGGAUAUGCACCAGAAUGGUACUGUGGGGAGUGUGUGCCAUUUGGCUACGUCUGUUAUCACUGUGACACCUGGAACGAAGAGGGAUGAAGCAGUGGCAAAGAUAACAAAGCGCUCUAAAUCGGGGAAGGUUAUGCAGGAUGAGGAGAUGUUUAUCAUCAAUGAGGAUCUCACAGUUACAAUACAGAACAAGCCAAACCAUGCUGGAAGCAAACGGACUGACUCUGAGGAGCAGGAGUCAGACCCAACAGCGAACUUGACCUUUAACCUUCGCUUAUCUGACACGGAGCGUGAGGCAAAGGAGAAACUUGCACUUCCUUUUGUCUUCAGCAAAGAGAAGAAAACAGCUUUACUUCACUCAGGCCCGGGUUCGGGGCGGAUUCUCUAUGAACCUGAUGCCAACGACAACUAUGACCAAGAGGACCCAGAUGAUGAUCUUGAUGUGUAACAGUUAUAAGCAUAUAACAUAAAUCUUUGAAAAAAAAAUAUAAUGCCAAUAUUUCUGAGAAAUCUAUGUUAUGUUUAUUAAAUAUUAAUCAAUUUUA